AUGUCAAAAAAAAACAAAAAACAAACAAACAAACAACAACAGCAACAGCGCCCACCACAAAAAAUACAACAACAAAUAACGAAUGGCAACAGAGCCCACCACAAAAAUAUACCACAACAAAACAACGGCAACAGAACCCACCACAAAAAAAAACAACCAACGGCAACAGAGCCCACCACAAAAAAAUACAACAACAAAACAACAGCAACAGCGCCCACCACAAAAAAUACAACAACAAAACAACAGCAACGGAGCCCACCACAAAAAAUACAACAACAAAACAACGAACGGCAACAGAGCCCACCACAAAAAAUACAACAAAACAACAGCAACAGAGCCCACCACAAAAAAUACAGAACAACAACCAAACAACGGCAGCAGAACCCACCACAAGAAAAUACAACAACAAACAACCGCAACAGAGCCAAUCACAAAACAAAUACAACAACCAAACAACAGCAGCAGAACCCACCACAAAACAUACAACAACCAAACAAUGGCAGCAGAACCCACCACAAGAAAAUACAACAACAAACAACCGCAACAGAGCCCAUCACAAACAAAAUACAACAAGCAAACAACGGCAACAGAACCCACCACAAAAAUACAACAACCAACGGCAACAGAGCCCAUCACUUUUUGUACGCCAUGCCCGGAACUUGA